UACAACCCUGUAAUGGCGUGUGUUUGUGUACAAGAAUUAUCAAAAGUAAAAAAGAAAAUUGACAAAUUUUAAUUAUUUUUCGUGAAAAUUCAAACAAUUUUCAACAAACUCAAAUAAAAUAUAAUUUACACACGCUCAAAUUGAAAUUAAACACACAAUUCAUAAAGAAAUGCAUACAAACUACACAGAAAUGCGGUAUGAUAAACUUUUCAAAGUGUAGUAAAUUUUUUUUUGCAACGAAACUGACGACACAGGAACGACGGCUUAUUUGAUCAAGAAAAAAAUUGCAGUACCAUAAAAUGGUUAAAAAUUCACAAUAUCCAUGCUUUCAUAAAUAUAUUACCAUAAAUAUUCAGUAAUUUUAACGAAAUAUCUGUAUGCAACAAACAAAUAUUGCAAAAAUAAUUAAGGAAUAAAUUCAUCAAGAAAAAAAUCGUCAAAGAAAGUGAGCGGUGGUGCAAAAAAGAACAAAAACUUGUGAACAAGAAGAAGCACAAGCAGCAGCAUACAUUAGUGGCGAAAAAGUAAAAUAAAAGAAAAAAAAGAAUAAAAGCAUUUACCAAUAAUAAAAGAAAAAAAACUAAAAAAGAAAAUAGAGUUUCUUGUUGUUUGUGCAAUUAAUGCAAUAAAGCAGCAUAGAACUCUCCAUAAAAUAUUUUUUUGUUAAAUAAAGAAAACCUUAAAACACUUAAAUCUUGUUAAAAGAGCAAGAAGAAGAAAAGGUGCUCAAGCACCAAUAUUUGGUGCUUUAGCUACCCCCCAAAAGGUGCUUCUGCAGAAAAUGUUAAACUCUUUGCCAAAAGCCAUAACGAUGGCUUCAUAAUGCAAACAAUUCACUAUUAGCAAUAAAAGAAUUCUACACUAACACCAUUAAACAUAAAUUGGACAAUGAAUUCAUUGAAAACUAAGUAGUGCGUUAAUAUCCAAAAACAACGAUAUUCAUAUUACGGAAUCAAUAUAGACAUUUUAGAAAUACACAAGAGUAACAAUAACAACAACACAUUGGGGUCAGCUGCAGUCUGGUCUACAAACAGCAAACACCACGCUACAUUUUUACUGCCUGCCCUUUGAGAGCAGGCCUUUAUUAACAUUGUUUCUUCCCGGCCACGUUAAAUAAAAGCUGCCACCAUUCGGAAGAAAAAUACAAACAACAUGACCCACAAUAUCGGUAUGGCGCCAUAUCGUAUGCCGGGUCCAGCGGGAGGUAUAUUACCACCCGAUUUUAAACCACCACCUCCAUCGGAUAUAAUCUCGGCGCCGAGUAAUCCGAAAAAGCGGCGAAAGACAUCGAAUGCCAACUCAGCAGCGGCAGUGGCGGCGGCCGCAGCAGCUGCAGCCGCUGCUGCCAACUCUAUGCAGCAAUCACAAGCACCCCCCACUCCACAGGAUCUGCUGCCUCCUCCGCCGAUGGGUGGCUAUGGUGAUACGAUAGUGGCUUCAAAUCCCUUUGAUGACACACCGCCCAGCAUGUCUAGUUCGAUGUCAGCUAUGAGCCACAUGGGUGGUCCGCCAGGUCAUUUUGGUCCCGGACCGGGUCCUCACAUGGGCAUGGGUGGUCCUCACGGCCCUCCUCCGCACAUGCAUCCACACAUGCACCCUCAUCAUCCUGGCGGUCCACCACAUCCACAUCAUCCCAUGGGCGGACCUCCGAUGCGCGGUAUGAGUCCGAUGGGAAUGGGCAGUCCCAUGGGCGGUCCAGGACCCGGUCAUCCAAUGGGACCUGGUGUUGGUUUGCCUCCACACAUGAAUCAUGGUCGACCAGGUGGUCCUCCAAUGGGUAGUCCUAUGGGCGGAAUGGCUUCAAUGGGUGGCAUGAGUCCCAUGGGAGGUAUGGGUGGUCCCAGCAUAUCACCGCACCACAUGGGCAUGGGUGGACUCUCACCUAUGGGAGGGCCAGGAUCGAAUGGACCUCGUGGCAUGGGUUCGCCAAUGCCCGGAGGUCCUGGACCAGGUCAGGGCUCACCUAUGAAUUCACUGCCAAUGGGUUCACCUAUGAGCGGCGCUAUCGGCAGUCCUCUGGGGCCGCCAACGUCUCAACAAGGUCCUCAUCCGCAAAAUCAGUCUCAACAUCCUCCGCCUCACAUGAAUAACGGCCAAAUGGGCCCACCUCCCAUGCACAGUCCUCUAGGAAAUGGACCGUCGCAGCAGAACCAUAUGUCUGGAGGUCCCGGACCAGGCCCAGGGCCUGGUGGGCAGCUACAUCCCCCCGGCAUGGGUCCAAAUCAAGGUGGUAUCUCUCCUGCUCACAGUAUGGCCUCAAAUUCAAGCGGCAAUAGCAAUAAUCCCAACAGCAGCAACAAUAACAACAAUCAAAAUCCAAUGCUUUCCCCUGCGGCUCGACAUGGAAUACCACAAUCACCAUCAUCCAGUAUGAAUGGACCCCUGCCGACAUCAUCAUCUUCCUGUACGUCCUCCUCAUCAAGCUCAGCGACAACGACGUCCACUGCGUCAACGUCAGUGCCUACAACUUCGCCAGCGCCAGGCAACGGACCGAUGGCGAUGUCUCCACAUCAUCCAAUGAGUGGGAGUGGGCCAGGACCAGGACCUAGUCCCGGUCCCGUUGGCAUGAAUAAUAUGGGCGGCCAUGGACCUAGUCCCCUGGCCUCUCCAGCUUUACCUGGUCAUCCGAAUUCGAACAGCAGCAACAACAAUACAGGUGGUAAUAAUCCCAUGAACAACAUGGGUGGUGCUAGUCCUCAUAGUAAUAACGGCCCUAUGGGAGGUCCCCCGAUGGGUGGACCCAACAACAGCAACAACAACGGCCUAAAUAUGGGCGGUGGUGGUGGAAGUGGUGGACCAAUGCAACAACAACAAAUGAAUCCUAAUGUUCCUAUGCAGCAACCGCAACAGUCACCGCACGCAAAUAUGCCCAUGGGCAGUGGCGGCUCCGGUGGUAAUGGUCCUAACUCAAUGGGCAUGGGCGGUCCCAAUCAGAUGUUACCUCCUCAACAGCCAUCGCCGCACCUCGGUGGUCCGCAACACUCACAACUCAUGAAUCAUCACGGCGGUCCCGGUGGUAUGCCUUCACCUCACAUGAUGCACGGUCCUGGCGGCGGCAUGGGCCCUCAAAUGGGCAUGGGUGGCGGCCCACCAAAUCACAUGGGUGGCGGUCCACCAAAUCACAUGGGGGGACCUCAUCACAUGAUGGCCGGCGGUCCACAUCACAUGGGACCGGGUCCUAAUUCGCAUAUGGGUAAUAUGGGUCCUGGAAUGGGACCUGGCGGCAUGAAUGGUCCUCAUCAUCCUCACGGACCACAUGGACCUCAUGGUGGUCCCCACGGUGGUCCUCAUGGCGGCCCUCACGGAAGUCCUCAUAGCGGUCCCCACGGUGGUCCUCAUGGUGGCCCUCACGGUGGUCCGCACGGUGGUCCUCACGGUAGUCCUCACGGUGGUCCUCACGGUAGUCCUCAUGGCGGUCCACACGGUGGUCCUCACGGUGGUCCACAUGGCGGUCCACACGGUGGUCCUCACGGUGGUCCACAUGGCGGUCCACACGGCGGACCUCAUGGUGGUCCUCACGGCGGUAUGCCACCUCAUCAUCCUCAUCACAAUCCAAUGGGCGGUGGGCCACCGCCUGGCAUGUUUGGUGGUCCUGGUGGACCAAUGGGUCCAAUGGGCGGUCCUAUGGGUGGUCCGAUGGGACCUGGUGGCCCACCCAAACCAAUGACAAUGGGUGCAGGCAAAAUGUAUCCUCCUGGUCAACCAAUGGUCUUCAAUCCACAAAAUCCGAACGCACCUCCAAUUUAUCCAUGCGGCAUGUGCCACAAAGAAGUCAAUGAUAACGACGAAGCUGUAUUUUGCGAAUCUGGUUGUAAUUUCUUUUUUCAUAGAACCUGUGUUGGUUUAACGGAGGCCGCUUUCAAAAUGCUAACAAAAGAAGUUUAUGCUGAAUGGUGCUGUGACAAGUGUUUAUCCACCAAACACAUACCAAUGGUCAAAUUCAAAUGUUAAAGAAAGCUAAAAACAGAAGCAAAACAGAAAAUGAAAACAAAAACACAAUGGUCACACACAGUUGACAAUGCAACGAACUUUACUAAUGCAAUGUUUUGGUUGUUUAUAACAAGACAAUGAGUGAUAAUUAUCGAAAACAAAAAAAAGAAAUAUUAUUUUUUUUGAAAAUAAGAAUUAAACAAAAAUGUAUGUAAUCAACGCUCCUCCCUGUCGCAGUACAUAAGCAACUGAAAGGACUGCCUCUUUGAUUGUAUAAACAAAAAACAAAAAUUAACAAAAAAACAAUAUAUUUAAACACAAGAACAUUAAAACAAACUGUAUUAAAAAUACUUAGUUUAUAACAACAACGAUUACAACAACAAUACAACAACAACCAGCACCACCAAUUUAAAAGCACAGAAAAUUCGAAAAAUACAAACAAAACAAAAAAACUUAAAAUCAUGUUGAAAAUAUGAAAGAAAAAAAGAAAAACGUGUAAACACCAUCAUCAAAUCAACAUCAUUCUUCAGUAAUUAUAAAAAAAAUUUAGGAAAAUGCAAUUAAGAAUGAACAUUUAUUAGACGAAGAUGAAGAAAAUUGUAUAGUAAUUUUUGACAUUAAAUGAAAAAAUUAAUAAUAAUUAAAUAAAAGUUAAGCAAUUGAGAAAACAAAAAAACAAAA